AUGAGUUUGGAACUGGAGAUUGCUGACCUGAGAGACAACAGAUUGCUUUCCAGAAAGGAGCUGGAUGUGGUUGCAUACCAUCCCGGGAUGCCCAUUCCGAGCAAGGAGGAGAUAAGAGAGAAGAUAUCAGAACUGUACCAGACAAAGAAGGACAAUGUUGUGGUUAUGGAUCUUAAGAACAGAUACGGCACGCACCGGACUACACUCAAGGCAAAAAUUUACUCAAGCAUUGAAGUUCUGUCGAACAUCGAGAAAAAGCACAUUGUGGCGAAACUCACUGGAAAAGAGUUCCAUGUGACACCCAGGAGAGUCAGAAAGGACGAAAGAAAGAAGCGCUACAAGAUCUUCGGCACUCUCAAGAGGGCUAUGAAGAAGGCAGAAAGAAAGAAUAAAUAA